AUGUCGGACCAGAAGCAACCCCUCAUCAACAAUGGCGGCUAUCGCGAGUCGCUCGACGAAGAUCUCGAUCCACGCUACGCAACCGAGUCAUAUCAACACCAAGCUGCUAGCAACAAUGUCAUGUUCGACGCAGCAUCGACAGUCGAGUCCCAAUCACAACCUCGUGGCGAUCCAGCCUGGCAGCAGUCCCAACAGUCGUUCCUACAAGGCGGAGGAGGACCCAGCUACACAAACUCUUUUGGAACAUCAUCAACUUUGAGCCUUAGUGGUAUUUGUGCGGCGGCGUGGGCGCUUCCACCGUUUAGCUCGGCAGUGGUGUUAAUUUGGGAGACAGAGAAUGACUUGGCGAGGUUCCAUGCGUAUCAGGCUGGAAUCAGCGGUGUAGCACUCAUUGUGUUACUGUGGAUAUUGAGGACAGUACUUGGAUUGAAGACGAUUGGGUUGUUGGUCGGGAUGGGCACUUAUGGGUGGUUCUGGGUCAAUGCAUCAACGGCACACAAAUCAGCACCAUCUUUAUCGAGAAACCCUUAUCUACCACACAUUGGCGACAUAGCAUCCAGAUGGGUCGGCGAAGAAUGA